ACAGCAGCAGCAGCAGUUGCUGCAGCUCCAGCAGCUGCUCCAGCAGGCCCCACCGCAGGCCCCACUGCCCAUGGCCAUCAGCCGGGGGCUCCCCCAGCAGCAGCCACAGCAGCAGCUCCUGAAUCUGCAGGGCACCAACCCGGCCUCCCUCCUCAAUGGCUCGGUGCUACAGAGAGCUUUGCUCUUGCAGCAGUUGCAAGGACUGGACCAGUUUGCAAUGUCACCAGCCACGUUUGACAGCGCCAGUCUCACCAUGCCCACAGCAACACUGGGAAACCUCCGCAACUACAACCUGGCAACCCCGAACCUGACAGCUCCCAGCCUUACACCCCCACAGCUAGCCACCCCAAAUCUACAGCAGUUUUUCCCCCAGGCCACUCAGCAGUCCCUGCUGGGCCCCCCUCCUGUCAGGGUCCCCAUAAACCCCUCCAAGCUCAUUUCAGGGCGGAACCCCCAGAAACAGGCCCGGACACCCUCCUCCACCACCCCGGAUCGCAAGGAUUCUUCUUCUCAGACGAUGCCCGAGGGAGACCAGGCGGACCCCCCAGAGGGGUCUGAGGAAACUGCAGAGUCUCGAGUGGACACACCAGACCAGGAUUCCCCACCCUGCCCAGAUGACCUUGCUAAGGAGAAACGCACGUCAGCGCCUGAGCCAGAGCCCUGUGAGGCAUCUGAGCCACCAGCUAAAAGGUCAAGGAGCUCAGAGGAGCCCACAGAGAAGGGACCCCCAGGGCAGCUGCAGGCGAAGGUCCAUCCACAGGCCCGGAUGACAGCACCAAAACAGACCCAGACACCCGAGCUGCUGCAUGAUCCACUGGAAGCCCGAGUGCUGCCACGAUUCCAGCCACGGGUUCUGCAGAUCCAGGCCCAAGUGCAGCCACAGACUCAGCCACAGAUGCCACCAGUGGACUCCCAGGUGCAGCCAAAGCUGCAGAAGCAGGCACAGACACAGACCUCUCCAGAGCACUUAGUGCCGCAGCAGGUGCAGCCAAAGCUGCAGAAGGAAGCAGAGCCACAGAAGCAGGUGCAGCCACAGGUGCAGCCACAGGCACAUUUACAGCCCCCAAGGCAGGUGCAGCCACAGCUGCAGAAGCAGGCACAGACGCAGACAUAUUCACAGGUCUCAGAAGGAACACAGCCCAGGAGCCAGCCAGUGGAGCAGCCACCGGAGCAACCUCCAGUGCAGUUGCCAGUACAGUCACCAGACCAGCCCCAGGGACAGCCUCAGCCCCAGCCCCAGCCCCAGGUGCCGGCAUCAGAGCAAGCGCCAGCUCCGGUUCAUUCCACUCUGCUGGAGACACCGCCCAGUAUAGCAGAAGCUGAAACAGGCCUGGAGGAGGCCUCGCCGGAGCCAGUGGGCGCCCAGGUCAGCAUGGAGGAGAGCCAGGAGGAGCUGACCAGUGGCCUGGACGUGGGAGAAUGUGAAAAAAGAGCAAGAGAGAUGCUCAGGGUGUGGGGUGCCGGGGGCUCCCUGAAGGUUACCAUCCUGCAGAGCAGCGACAGCCGGGCCUUUAGCACUGUAUCCCUCCCACCUGGGCCACAUUCCAGUGACUCCACCUCCGCCGCCCCUGCCGCGACCACUGACGCCCCCCCUAAGCCUGCCCUGCAGUUCUUCUGCUACAUCUGCAGGGCCAGCUGCUGCAGCCAGCAGGAGUUCCAGGAACACAUGCUGGGGGCCCUGCACCAGCAGCGGCUCGGGGAGAUCCAGCACAUGAGUCAAGCCUGCCUCCUGUCCCUGCUGCCUGUGCCCCGGGACGUCCUGGAGAGAGAGGACCAAGAGCCGCCUCUGAGGCGCUGGUGCCACACCUGCCAGGUCUACUACAUGGGGGACCUGAUCCAGCACCGCAGGACGCAGGACCACAAGAUUGCCAAGCAGUCCCUGCGACCUUUCUGCACUGUUUGCAACCGCUACUUCAAGACCCCCCGCAAAUUUGUGGAGCACGUGAAGUCCCAGGAGCACAAGGACAAAGCCAAGGAGCUGAAGAUGUUCGAGAAGGAGAUGGCUGGCCAGGAUGAGGACCACUUCAUCACGGUGGACGCCGUGGGCUGCUUCGAGGACGGUGAGGAGGGUGAAGGCGAGGAGGACAGUGAAGAAGAGAUCGAGGCUGAGGAGGGAUUCUGCAAGCAGGUGAGAUCCAGGGGGAUAACCAUAGAGGAGUGGAAAGACUCAGAGACCUACAGCCCCGACACUGCAUACGGUGUGGACUUCAUGGUGCCCGUGAUGGGCUACGUCUGCCGCAUCUGCCAUAAGUUCUACCACAGCAACGCAGGGGCCAAGCUCUCCCACUGCAAGUCCUUGGGCCACUUCGAGAACCUGCAGAAAUACAAGAAGACCAAGAACCCCAGCCCUGCCACCAGGCCCAUGAGCCGCCGGUGCGCCAUCACUGCCCGGAACGCCCUGACUGCUCUGUUCACCUCCAGCGGCCGCUCACACACCCAGGACACAGCCAAACCCCCCAGCAAGGUGACCGCCCCACCCCCCCCACCAUUCCGGCGCUCAACCCGCCUCAAAACCUGACAGGAGGAGCUGCCGCGCUCACCUGGUCUGUGUCGAGACCGAGGUGUUUUAGGAGUCUGCAUGGAAUCAUUGACAUGGUUGGUGUUUUUACUCAAAAUUCAAUAAAAGAAGGUAGUUUGGCUGUCUAGUCCCCAC